GACCCUUUCGGAGGUAAGUAAGAUGAAGCACGUCACACAAGAAUCGCACAACUUGUUAGUCUUCCUCUUUCCUGUCAAGUGGUAGGGGGUUGCAAUAGGCAGUUGUUGUCGGGGGUUGUAGUAAGUAGGUGGAGUAACACACGAAUAGAUAACUAAUCUGGAGGCUGUCACGCUCUGGAACAAGAGCAUAACGAGGCUCUCGAAAUCGUACCUCUGCAAUUGACGCAUAUUAUAAUUCAUCAACCGUACGCGGGAUACUUGGGGUCGACAUAACACCAGCGGCAAGAUCAAGCUAGGCGGCCCUGAUGUGAGCAAAGCCGCAGAGUAGAAAACAUCACAUCAAUACCAAGAUAACCGACGCAGGCGUCCACAGGGAGAGCUACAGGACGCGACUUCAUCUUUGUGGAGUGUUUUCAUCUUCAUCUUGUCAAGAUCAAGUUUUUCGGGACUAAAAAGAAGUAGUACCGUAGAGGUAGUACAACCAUUGACAAGAAGAGGCUUCUCUGAGGUGGAGUCUUCAAGGAGGUCAAAUCGGGACGAGUAACAAGUACAACUCGUAGUACAAAUCAGCACAACACGUGUUGUACAAGCAACUAGGACAACGAACUUUCACUUACUGGUGCGUAAUUUAAAUUAUAGUUUAUUUUCGCCAUGGGAGGCGGACGGUCGUGGCAAAGCGCGAAGUAGGCCGUAUCAAAGCCACUCUGACAAGUGAGGGACUGAGGAGACGCGGAGGACCUCGUCAUCAUGGAGGUUUUCCUAGAUCAUUGCCGAAAAGGCAAAGAGUACAGAACAGAUCUGGAGGAUAGACUCGAGCAUGCUCGAAAGAAAUAUCAACGUACUUCUAUGAUCACUAUGUAUGACUUUAGAAGUUUUAGAAGCUAUGAUGAAGCAUUGAAAUGAUUCCUAGUUGUACUUGAGCAGGUACAACGUAAUCAAGUUUUUGAAGUACUGUCAGGGAUCUGACUCUUCUGUAAUCACCAAAUCUAUUCGUAUUCUUCAUCUACCAACUCGAACCUACUCUGUCCUAGCAGGUGCGGCUUGGCCGCGAAGCAGUGGACCCUCAACCUUAACCUUAACCAGGUGAGCUAGAUUUCUCAGCCUACCAAUAUGGUCACGACCCGAUGUACCUUGGCGCCAACGGCGGCGUCGAUUAUGCUAAACUAUGGGGUCACACGAGCGCGACCAUGCAGAGGUUACUGUGGCCCGCGAACUAUUGGAAGCGCGUGUAUUUCAGACGCAGAGAACAGGACGAUCCGGAUCCCGAACAUAAGUAUUUUCUUACAGAUUUCUUGUCCUAAGGCUACUAAAAUGUUAUCGUUAUAGAAGUGAGACUCCUAAAGCUACUAAAAAGUUAUCGUUAUAGAAGUGAGACAACUUAGACUUUGCCUUGAAGAAGUUGAUUCAUCUUCUCUGAACCUCUAUAAUUGUGCCAGGUCUCUCACCCGAGUUCCUAGCGCACCAGCGUCAAGCAGUACUCAGAAGCCAGAACUAGAGCCAAUAUCAGAAGUAGAAAAAGAGAUAAUACCACCCCCACCUCCACCAGAGCCCUUCGACGACCCUGUGCGACGGAGACACUUAGAGCCAAUGUACCUAGACUUUUCAAGUGGUUGUUCUGGUGCUGGAUAUGGUUGGCUUAGAAAAAACUUGAAUGGCUUUAUGAUCGGCAUGAUUUCGAAAAAAUCUUCAACGAGUUCUACGAUCAAAACUACAAAGAAGGUUCGCGAGACAAUGCAUAAUUCUUGUCCAAACGAUUCUCCCCUUCAUCUCCAACCCCAAACUCAACACAUCAGUCUCCCAGAAAGUGUGCCAGCAACCGAAGUAUAUUUGCAAAAUCGGAACCGACACAAGCCAAACCUCCUGACGAGACAGGGCUUACCAGCGAGCCGAGUAGUAAAGACCCCACCGCAGCACUAUAGCGCGCCUUCUCUGCGAACCGCAGCCAGAAGGCAGAUAGGGAAAAUAUACAAGAAGGUAUGUAUUUUUCUGAAGAGAAAUCUACUUGCUUCUUCUUGUAGAUCUACUGUGAUACUGGAAGUCUGUAUGCAAGAAGAUAAAGCCUGUAUACAAUCACAAGCCAAGGAAUAGUAGACUUCUUCUCUUUCCAAUUGCGAUCCCUGGCGACAAUACCUUCAUCUAGCGUAUCAUGAUGUGUACGUUGUGAAGAGGAGAGAUCAUGACGAGCUAAUUAUACUUCACCACUCGCACGGAUCCAUCCACCUUCAGGGCAAGAUAUCUGUAGAGUCGCCGCAAGUGUUUUUCGUGCCCUUGCAAGAGGAAGGUGCCAGCGACAUCGAGCCGGGGAGGGCGCGCGGCACCUGUCGCGUCAUCAAAGAGGAGCCUCUGACGGAGCUCGAGGUGCAAGACGUUCUUGCAGGUAUGGAAGCAGAUGGAUCUUAUAGCGGAUCUGAGCGGGGCAGGGAGAAGCGAAAGGCAGAAGCGCAAGCGCUUGCACAAGCAAGAAGAGACGCUGAAGCGAAGUUGACGCGAGUAGCUGUGCCGAUGCCACCAUGGUUAUGGCUCUAACUAAAGUAACUAAAGUAAAACUAGAUCUUUUUCAGAAGAUGGUAGCAGACUGAGACUCAAGAACCAUAUCCUCCUUAACUUUUCCUAAAUCACACCUUACCAACAAAUAUGAGGUCAUCUUCUUGGGAUAUUUAUAUUAUUUUUUUCCUCAAAACAUUCAUGUUCCUCUCUACCUUCUCCAAAAAAUAAGAGGUCUUAGUCUAAAAUCUGAUUUCAUCAAAACAUUCAUGUUCCUCUCUACCUUCUCUACUUUUUCUACCCUGCGCCUCCUCCCCCCUCGUUCUCUCUCUAACCUCUCCCCGAGGCAAAGACGGCAAGAAGCUAGGGGGUUAUCCGUUCGUGCGGAAGUGGUUGGAGGAUGAUGUGAAGGUGCUGGACAAACCCUACUUUCCGAAGACGAGACCGAACGAACCCUUCACAUUCUUCAAUACUCUGGGGAAGAAAAAUGGUACUACUUAUUCGAUAAACUACUGAAGUAGGCAAGUUUGAGUUGCUGACUGAAAUCAAAGAGUCUUGACUACAAUAAUUCCUGAGCCUGAUGUUUCGUGCCACUUUAGCUUGAGGUACUAGAGGAGGUUGUUGUUGUUAAUGUAAAAAUUGAUUUCCAACUCCUCUCGUGGUUUCUUCGCCUCCAACCACAACAACAGCUUACCAACUCCAACACAAGGUAUUUACCCCAACAUGCUCCCAAUAAGAUAGGUACAACUUCUUGAAUUUUUGAAUUCAAAAAAAAAUUGACGACAAACACAUCUCCUCUCUUCACGACAGGUAAAUACUUUUUCAAGGGCGCUGGGUUUAAGAAUGGGAACUUUCCAUAUCAGAAGGAGACUCACAGGUCGAAGAAGUAUGAGACGGAGUUUUUUGCCUCGUUGCCAAUGCGGAAGGACUACAAUCUCAUCACCAACGAUGGCUAUCCGAUCGAAGAAGAUCCUGAAUACUGAGGAGACUGAAGAAGAUCAAGAACUUGAAUACUGAGGAGGACUGUGGUUAUGUCCAGCUUUUAUCCAUCCUUCUCAGUCUCAGCAUCUUGGUACCCUUUUGCCUUGCUUUCCCAUAAAAUGCAACGGGAAACAAGAGGACGAGAUGAGGGCGCCGGGAUGAAUAAAAGCUGGCGACUCUAAUGUUGUCGGACGAUCAUAGUUCGUUGUGGUUAGACGGCCGUGGUUCUUGUUCUGGUAUGCAAGGAGUACUCUUUAUUGCUGUUGUUGCUGUACAAGAUGUUUUAGAAAUUUGUUGACCCAGUGCCAGUCCUACAUGAAGACGACCUACUACUUAUUGCUAGUAGGUACUGCUACUUAACCGACGACCAGUGGUGUUGCAUCUAUUUAUUGAAUCAUGUGGAUAUAAUCACACAAGUUAACACUGUUACAGUAAGACGAGCAUUCAUGUUGAAAUUAGCAUUUCUUUUCCUCAUUCCAACAAACAUAUUGAAUCAUUGUACCGAGCUACCUGGGCAUCACCAGACUGAUAUUAGAUUCACCAUUAGAUUGACUGUCUGUGUAUUAUUGUCAUGGUCUGUGUAUUAUUGUCAUGUUGCUACAUUUCCGCAAAACAAAGGAUGAUAAGUACAGGUUACUGUUAAUGCUAUUCCCAUAGAAUUUUUUACGUUGUACGUACGCAUAUCGACAUCCCUUGAACAGCUGAAACAAGGUUUGCGUGUUCCAAUUAUCCCGUUACUUAGGAUUAACAAAAUAUAUUUAUAUUCACCGUUAACUAUUCAAAGGAGAAAUUAGCAUGGUCAUGUGCAUGUGGUUUUUGUAUUAUACGUCCUGGAAGAAACACGACGAGCACUUGUCGUCAUUCUCAACACGAAGUGAUCAUGGACUGAAAUCUUCACGAUACAAUGAAACCCCGGUCCCCUCUGACAAACACACAAGCAAUCACAACAUCGACCCAUUCCCAUAACGUUUCUAGUCAUCAGUUGACGUUGUCAUCAGGAUAUCAUGACAACUGACCCCUUUAUCUUCUCAACGUUUGUAUAGGAUCAACCAUUGCGAAGAUGCCAGGGCUUAUACCCUCUACCUCGGACCACGAGGAUUGCAUAUGAU